AGGUCCUACGGUUGCUCGGUGAUGACGUGUGCUUCCAGGCUGUACUUUCAUCUCGCGAAUAAAACAGCAACUUUUACACCUAUACAAUAAAUUGACACAAAUAUAGAUAAUAAAUAUAUUAAUUUGGUUAAUCUCUGUUUUACUGUUGUAUACGUGGUUGGUGGCAGAAAUGGAGACGCUUUAUCACCAGACAAAUAAACAGAUCCAUGAGGUGCAGUCCAACAUGAGACGUCUGGAGACAGCAGACCGGCAGUCUGUGCACUUGGUGGAGAAUGAGCUCCAGGCACGAAUAGACCAAAUCUUCAGCAAUCUGGAACGGUUAGAGAUCCUGGCUAGCAAGGAGCCACCAAACAGAAGACAGAACGCCAAACUCCGAGUGGACCAGUUGAAAUAUGACGUACAGCACUUGCAGAUGGCACUGCGCAGCUUCCAGCACCAACUCUGUGCUCGUGAGGCUCAGGAACGUGACAGAGACGAGCUGAUGGCCAGGACAUUCACCACCAAUGAUGCAGACACCUCUAUCCCAAUUGAUGAAACACUGCAGUAUAACUCCUCUCUGCACAAUGCUCACCGGGGCAUGGACGAGCUCCUGGGCAGCGGGAGCAGCAUUUUACAUGGCCUCCGUGAACAGAGGAGCACACUCAAGGGCACACACAAAAAGAUGCUGGACGUGGCAAACAUGCUGGGACUGUCCAACACGGUGAUGCGGCUCAUUGAGAAACGGGCCUUCCAGGACAAGUUCAUCAUGAUCGGGGGCAUGGUGGUCACCUGUGUGGUCAUGUUCCUGGUAGUGACGUACCUCUCCUGAACUGGGCUCACUCCCUCUCCCACUGCAGCCCGCCCCACCAGUUCUAUAUUAUCUCUCUACCGCUGGCAGCCAAUUACAGCUGUCACAGCAAUGAGCAUCCAAUCAACUCAAGGAAACCAUUACCUCUGCCCUGGAUUUGCAUUUCACCCAAUGAGGAGUUUUGAUUACCCAAUAUAGUAAAAUUUAGUGGUGCCACAGCACAGCCAUCAUCUGGUAACGGUCCUUGAUGUUAUUUCACAGGGGCUUUUCAAGCUGAUCCAUAAACGGUAAGUAGCGCACAAGCUAUGUUGUCAACUUCUCUCUGGACUAGAGCAUAAUUUAUCUUUUAUACAAGGACAUGAACAAAAAAAACAACCUGCCAUCUAUAACUGCAAAACUGUUACAGUGUGGCUUUACACACCGGGAGAGCUCCUCUAAAAACAGUGAUUCUCCUGGUGUGGGUGUGUGGACAUGUAUAUCAAGCAAUUAACCAAGGACAUCCUGAAAGAAUUUCCAAGAGAAAUAGGUGGAAACAGACACAUUUGCAUUUGUAAAAAUAAGUUAAGUAGUCCCUUGCAAAAUGUUUACACUUAGUACCUUGCUUACCAUGCGUUUCUGAUGACAAGUGGCCAAAUAAUGACCAGGCCAAGUUGGUGACUAGGCUGGUUUACGUCUACUUGAGAAAAUGUGCUUUCCAACUGAUCUAAAGGGGUGCCAAGUGAUAUGAACAUGUUUGUAUAUUGUAGCCUUUCUCAUCCUGUUCUAAAUACAAACGUGGAGUGAACAAAAUGUACUGGAUAGAGUGGUUCUUUUACACCAGUGGUGCACAACUCAGGUCAUGGAGGGCCGUUGUCCCUGCCGGUUUUUAUUCUAACUGCACCCUAAAUUUACUUUUAUUGUACCUUUUAUUAGAAGCUUAAUUUGUCCAAUUAAGCAAUUUAGAGUAUGGUUAGAACAAAAACCAGGAGGAACAUUAGAGUGGGGGUUACUGGUUUGGAUACAUUGGUCUUGUGCUGAUAUAUUAAAAAUGAAGAUAGAGCCUAGUACAUCAGUGGAUAGACCUGAGGUAUAAAGUUACAUUCACACAUUCUCUAACUACUAGGGCAGCUUUGUGAAAUGUGAACCCCAUGUCACUGGUGCUCUUGUUACAGGCCAGUGGGACUUGGGCACAAAUGCAUCACUGAGCUGUAGUCACCCCAAAGUCUCCUGGCUGCCCACUGUGUGAUCUGCUUGGCUGUUUCUCCAGAGAAACAAGCACCUCCCAGGUUCAAGUAACCUCGGACAACAUUGCAGAGGGGAUGUACAAUUUAGAGAACAGUACGGCAAAGCCUUUUACCUGGGGCCCUACUUUCUUCACAGUAAAUUGAAGUACUUGCAUUACUGUAGCUUCAUGCUUUGUCAGAAACAGAGGUCUUUAAAAUUGAACUGACUUUAGUAAAUAAUUUAUUAUAUACUUUUGUCUGUUUUGUUGGAACAAAGUGUUGUAAGAUGAUGCUUUUGCAGAUUAUUGGUGAUGAACAGUUUCAUGAAUAUUUAGCUUAUUUAAUUAAUAAAAACAGACUUUCAAUAAAGCUUUAUGACUAGUACCCAGUGAGAUUCAAUAGUCUUGGAAUGGACCAAAACCAGGUACAGUUUUCUACCAAUUGCAGUAACUUUUAAAAUACUUGCAUACUUCUUGAUCGGACCAAAUUGUCUUUAAUUUCACUUUUACUGAACGUGAUUGGUUCUGCAGUGCAACUUCAUUUAUAAUCACUCAUGAAAUGAAUAAGCUGCUUGUUGAGAUGUGAAUUUCAGCUGUGUUGUGGUGGUUUGCUUACUUGUGUUGAAACAUCUUAAUGACUAUUAUAGUAAGGCCUGUGAAAGAUUGCUUAUAGCUCAGUGGAUCUUGGUGAUAUUUUCUGCAUGCACCAUUCAAUAUACAAUGAAUCCAUAUAACCACUGACUUCCAUAUUUCAUAUAGUCACUUUGGACUUUAUUAAAUCUACUUAAUACAUCUUUUGUAUCAUAUACAAAAAAUGAUGAUUUUGUUUUAUUGUAAGUAUUUCAUUAUAAAACAUGCCACACAAACAGACGAGCUGGAUUGCUGCCUUGCAGUAAUUGUAGAGGGGGUCCUGCCGAAUUAGGGAAUACAAAGAACAAGGUGGUGGGAGACUAUUGUGAAUUCCUAUAGGAAAGGGGGCUUGUUACCUUCUGCUGGACAAUGAGGGGGAAGUUAUGUGGUAAAAUGCUUUUUUUUUUUUUUAAUUAAUUUGUAUUAUUGAUGUAUAGCAAUUCAGUGUGUGAUACCUGUGAGUUAAGCCCUUUGUGUUGGGAGGUGAGCUGUGCAAUAAAUAAAAUGACAACUGCUA